ACGAUGAAUAUAGAAAGGAUAAAAGGGCGCGUGAACAAGAUGGCGCCUAAAAUGGAAACCCUGAACACGGAAGAAAACAAGUCAGAUAAUGGAAGCGGAAUCGCAUCAACAACUGAUAAUUCCUUAAAUUUCAAGAACGGGAUAAUUGGAAAACAACAAUCUGAAAACGAAGAUAGAUCGUUCUUAUUGAAAGGAACAAAAUUGGAGACAGAGAUUAACAAUAAUCGGAUCACAGAUUUAGGAAAUGGGAGUGAAAUUGUGUAUUUUCCCAGAUUUUUAAGCUAUGAUGAUGCUUGGAGGUGUUUCGAUUAUCUCAAUACUCAAAUUCCAUGGACUCGUCCCACCAUUCGAGUUUUCGGUCGUUCUUGCGUACAGCCUAGGGAUACAUGUUAUGUUGCUAGUGAAGGACUUCCCAAAUUGGUGUACAGUGGAUAUCAGCCUCAGCCCUAUUCUUGGCAUCGUUUUCCUCUUCUUCUACAGCUUCUUCGUGCGGUGGAGGAGGCGAUUUCUGGAAGUCGGUACAACAGCUUGUUGUUGAAUAGAUAUAGUGGUGGCAAUGACUAUGUUGGGUGGCAUUCUGAUGAUGAAUCUCUUUACGGGCCUACUCCACAAAUUGCUUCCCUUUCUUUUGGGUGUGACCGUGACUUCUUUUUGAAGAAGAGACCCUCUAAAUCGUCUCCUUCUCAAGUGUUGGAGAAGAAAUCAAAAGAUGAACCCGUGAGCAAACGGUUGAAGAGAAGCAACAACACCGACCAGCACUCAUUCACAUUAAAACAUGGAUCACUGUUGGUUAUGAGAGGAUUCACUCAGCGGGAUUGGAUACAUUCUGUACCUAAGCGUGCUAAAGUUGAUGCUGUUAGGAUCAACCUUACCUUCAGGCUUGUGCUUUGAGGUCCGUCAUCUGUCUUUCAGUCGAACAAUAUAUAUUAGGCUACCUUUGCUGUUCGCAAUAGGCUCAUGAGUGAAAGAAAUGCGGUGUAUCAUUGUAUCGUUAGGAUCAAAGUCCGAAGUCCUUGCUUAAUUUCUCUUGUAAUCUCCGAUAUAAUGUAAGAAUGGUGAAAAUCCUUUUGAAUGGGUUAGCAUCUGAUUUUGGUCCUUAAGAAAAUAUGCUUCUUU